GCGGGUCCACGAACGAUGAAAGCGCGCCCCCGAGACUUCAGGUGAAUGGGAAGCGAGAGCGGGUUAUGGUUCAGUGUGCGUCGGUGAAAAGGAAAAAUAAGGAAAAUGACCUGCAACAGCUCGUUCUGGGCACAUGUGUUCAUGACAGCGUAUUUACUAUGGGUCACGGGACGUGUUGCUCAGAAAGUCUACUUGGAUUGUGGAGCGAAGGUGGAUGUUGUGGAUGUCCAAGGCCUCAUCCUGUCUCCUGGGUUUCCCUAUAACUAUUCCUCAGGGACCCACUGUGUCUGGCAGUUCUUUGUGCCCGUCGGCCACCAGCUCAUACUGGAGAUAUUUGACUUUGACGUGUUCGAGAGCCACGACCCCUCUGCCCAGUACACUGCCAUCUCUAACUUGAAAGUGGAAGAUGCUGAGGCUGACGAUGGGGCAACGUUCCCGUCUGGCGGUCCGGUCACAGAUGAAAACAUGUCAAUGCUGGCUAAAGACGUCCCCGUAGCUCAGGCUCAGGGGGGCAGAGCGAAAGCCCCCCAGUCCUCCUUCCAACAUGACAAGGUCAAGCAGGUGGUGGUGCAAGAGCAGUCCACCAAGAUGGAGAUCGCCAAAGUCUCCAACUCUGCUAAAAGGUCCACCUCUGAUAUUGCAUCCCCACAUCCCCCCUCACACCUCCUACCCAGGGACCAGGCAGCGGUGAACUCAAUCACCUCUCCUCUCCUCAGAGGCGACCCUGACCUGAACCCUACCCCUAACCCCAGAGCAGCAGCCCCAGACCUGGCUGUGGUUGUAGACAAGGCCACCACUCCGACCUCUCCGCCCCCCACGGACAAUGAGUCAGUGAGCUCUGAGACCCAGGUGGUGGACGCUUGCCCCCACGACGUCCUCUACAUCUCAGACCUCCUCACUUUCUCCUCGCGCUUCUGCGGCUCCAACCGGCCCUCCAGCAGCCAGCUGGUGUUUGGCUCCAGCCAGGAGAUGGUAGAGGUCAUCAUGGAGUUGAUCACCACCACCCACUGGGGCCGCGGCUUCGCCCUGCUCUUUCACUACCACAACCGGACAGAACCGGAUGGAGAUGACCCCCGGCACGCCUACGCCCCUGCCGGGGACAGCAAGAUGGGCUCUCUGCUGGCUGCCAUGAGCGGAGCAGCCUUCUUUGCCAUGGUGCUCACCAGCGCUCUGUGUAUUAUUUUCAGACCUAAACUAUGUCCGAAAAGAGCCAACUCUUGCUCAUCCAACAACUCUGAGGUGCAGGAGGGAGUGCAGAACUCUAGAGCUGACGUCCGUGAGCUGCAGCUGGUGGCUCCUAAUCAGCCCAGCCUGGAGGUCCCUAGGACAGCAGGGAACGACAACAACCACUCCCUCAGCCUCACACACACAGGUUCCCCGGUCAGUGUUGGUGGUGAUAUGUCUGAGCAUGCUGAAGUGGACCUCUCAUCCAAUGGUCUCACGGAACUGGACUUUGGGACAGAUGAGGUGUUUAUCAUUUCAUCUGCGCCCAGUACGAGCAGCAGACUGCUGUUCUCGGCCCAUACGCGGGAGAGGUUUCUGAGGCACAGUGACACCGGCCCAGGCCCUGUCAGUGACUGGCCCUCUCCAGACCCAGCUGCCUCGCCCACAGAGACCCGUGCUGCCCAGGAUGGCAGUGCCAGCUGUGCCCGACCCCGGCCGCGGGCCUGGAGCGUCCGCACCUUCCAGGACUUCCUCCCUCCACUGCCCCAGUUACACAAGAAGUGGUGCAGUUGGAACUCCACCAGUCCCUUCACUAAGCUGGUGGACAGCGCCCCGUCAGGCUUUGUGUCAGAAUGCCGUGGGGAUGACAGCAGGAAAGUGUUCUCCGACCCCCAGUUGGAGGCCCAGGAUGACAGUAACGCCUCCGACUCCUCCAUGAGUAACGCCUCGUAUCCCCUCACCCUGCCCGCCCAGAGGCAGCGCCGCCUAAACUCCACUAGCAACAUGCGGCGCUCCCGCUUCACCGGGCCCUGCUUCGGCCUGCUCUCUGGGUCCAGUCCCUCAGACAGCACCAAGGCCCCCGGGGGCUCCCUCCUCCAGGCCUCCCCGUCCCAACCCAGUAACAGUACCUCUGGGCAGGGGCAGCUGGAAGAGGUGCAGGGUGGGAAGCGCCGUGAUUUCCCAGCAGAGAGCGACCACGUCAGUGUCCCGGUGUUUGCCAUCUGUGAAGAGGAGGACCGGCAGCCCUUGAUCCUGGCUGAGCACUUGGGGCAUUCCUCCAUGCUGAAUGGACUGAGUCGGGGGGUGUACGAGGCAAAGGGGCCCGCCGGCGGAAGCCUCAACCCUGGCCCCCAGAGCGCAGCCAAUGGCCCCCUCCUCCAGAGGGGAAGGUCAGAGUGGAGGCCAUGGGGGAGUCAGGCCUCAGGAGGGGCCAGUCCUUACCCUCUCCCUCACCCCUCUGGCUCACACACAGCCACCAAUACUAACGAGUCCGCCUUCGUGCACAGCACAGCCAAUCAGAUCCAGAUGCCUUCCCUCAGCCAAUUAACAGUGCCAUGCAGUGUGACAGGCAAUGUGACCAGUGACAGCCCAGCAUCCAGUCCAUGUGACAGGAGAGCGGACAGACAAAGUAUGCACUCUUGGGUUGGCCCAGCAAAGCAAUAAUAAACCAUUUUUAGUGCCACCUUUGUAAAAUGCAAAAACUAACAUUUUGAUUACUGAAAUCAACUUUUAUAUGGCAUUUCUACAUUCUUGAAGUCAAUUGCUUUAUGGUGACAAACUGGAUGUUUUCAUACACACUAUAGAUAUUUUUAUAAAGUUAAAGGCCCAAUGCAGACUUUUUAAAAUCUCAAUAUCAAAUACUUUCUGGGUAAAAUUAAGUACCUUACUGUUACAGUUGUCCAAUAAAAUGUUAAAACAUAUACAGAAAUAGCUUUUUAGCAAAAAAAUAUUUCUCAAACAAGAAUUUUGUUAAGAUUGUCUGGGAUUGGUCUAAGUGAGGGGCCUAAUGGGGGGGAUAUGGGUUGUCCACAUUUGGUGCCUUUUGAUUUCGCCUCUAAUUUUAACAUUGUCUUAAAGAGUACGUACAGUUGAAGUCGGAAUUUUACAUACACCAUACACCUUAGCCAAAUACAUUUAAACUCAGUUUUUCACAAUUCCUGACAUUUAAUCCUAGUGAAAAUGCCCUGUUUUAGGUCAGUUAUGAUCACCACUUCAUUUUAAGAAUGUGAAAUAUCAGAGUAAUAGUAGAGAGAAUGAUAUAGUUCAGCUUUUAUUUAUUUUAUCACAUUCCCAGUGGGUCAGAAGUUUACAUACAAUCAAUUAGUAUUUGGUAGCAUUGUCUUUAAAUCGUUUAACUUGGGUCAAACGUUUUGGGUAGCCUUCCACAACCUUCCCACAAUAAGUUGGGUGAAUUUUGGCCCAUUCCUCCUGACAGAGCUGGUGUAACUGAGUCAGGUUUGUAGGCCUCCUUGCUCACAUAUGUUUUUUCAGUUCUGGCCACACAUUUUCGAUAGGAUUGAGGUCAGGGCUUUGUGAUGGCCACUCCAAUAACCUUGACUUUGUUGUCCUUAAGCCAUUUUGCCACAUCUUUGGAAGUAUGCUUGGGGUCAUUGUCCAUUUGGAAGACCCAUUUGUGACCAAGCUUUAACUCCCUGACUGAUGUCUUGAGAUGUUGCUUCAAUAUAUCCACAUAAUUUUCCAUCCUCAUGAAGCCAUCUAUUUUGUGAAGUGCACCAGUCCCUGCAUUAAAGCACCGCCACAACAUGAUGUUGCCACCCCUGUGCUUCAUGGUUGGGAUGGUGUUCUUCGGCUUGCAAGCAUCCCCCUUUUUCCUCCAAAAAUAAAGAUGGUCAAUAUGGCCAAAAAGUUAUAUUUUUGUUUCAUCAGAGCAGAGGACAUUUCUCCAAAAAGUACGAUCUUUGUCCCCAUGUGCAGUUCCAAACCGUAGUCUGGCUUUUUUAUGGUGGUUUUGGAGCAGUGGCUUCUUCCUUGCUGAGCGGCCUUUCAGGUUAUGUCGAUCUAGGACUCAUUUUACUGUGGAUCUAGAUACUUUUGUACCUGUUUCCUCCAGCAUCUUCACAAGGUCCUUUGCUGUUGUUCUGGGAUUGAUUUGCACUUUUCUCUCCAAAGUAUGUUCAUCUCUAGGAGACAGAACGCGUUUCCUUCCUGAGCGUUAUGAUGGCUGUGUGGUCCCAUGGUGUUUAUACUUGCGUACUAUUGUUUGUACAGAUGAACGUGGUACCUUCAGGCGUUUGGAAAUUGCUCCCAAGGAUGAACCAGACUUGUGGAGGUCUACAUUUUUUUUUUCUAAGGUCUUGGCUGAUUUAUUUUUAUUUUCCCAUGAUGUCAAGCAAAGAGGCACUGAGUUUGAAGGUUGGCCUUGAAAUACAUCCACAGGCACACCUCCAAUUGACUCAAAUGAUGUCAAUUAGCCUAUCAGAAGCUUCUAAAGCCAUGACAUUUUCUGGAAUUUCCCAAGCUGUUUAAAGGCACAGUCAACUUAGUGUAUGUAAACUUCUGACCCACUGGAAUUAUGAUACAGUGAAUAAGUGAAAUAAUCUGUCUAUAAACAAUUGUUGGAAAAAUGUAUUGUGUAAUGCACAAAGUAGAUGUCUUAACCAACCUGCCAAAACUAUAGUUUGUUAACAAGAAGUUUGUGGAGUGGUUGAAAAACUAGUUUGAAUUAGUCCAACCUAAGUGUAUGUAAACUUCCCACUUCAACUGUAUAUUAAAACGAGAUGUCCGUUCACCUAACAGGGUUGACCUUCAAAUGAGGGACAUUUUUCUUCAAAUUAAUCACAAAUCACGUUAAAUAAAUAAUAAUAUUCAGAAAUUACUUUGUCGAAGCAACAAAAUAACUAGUGCUUCACAAUGAUGGAGAACCCUUUGAGAAAGUUUGGGUUUAAGUGGGUAAAAUCUCCCUGAAAGUCACAGAGGGCUCACAGAGAACGCACGAGGGACAAGUCCUUAUUAGUAUAAAAUAAUCUGAUUUAUUGAAUUCUCCAUGUGGUCAAGAUUAAAGGGCACUUCACUGAAUAUAAACAGGCAUUAACAUUAACAUUCUAUUCAAUAUUUGUGAACAAUUUCUACUUAAAAUAUCAAAGGGAUGCAAAAGGCACUCAUUUUGUGGAAUGAAAAUGAGCUGUUAUUAGCAAAGCGUUUUGGAACUUUGUUAUUGGUCUAUUUACCUACACCGCCUGGUGAUGUCACCAGGUAAGCCAAAAUACCACCCAUGCAAACCUGCUGAUUUAGAAGGUCCUGUAUAAAUUGUAUUUUCAACCAGCAACUAUCAGGAAAUAAUGCUGAAAAAAAUGUUUGCGCUUUUACAGUGUUCGUGCUAGAUUCAAUCAGAUUGACAUCCGUUUUGCAUUAUUUUGGCGGAAUCUGAGGUGGAACUGCGAGCUGUCAAAUCAAGCGACUCAUUGCGUUACCUUUUCGCAGACAUUGGAUGCAACGGAACCACGCCCAACUAUAAUCCGACAAACGUGCAGCCACGUUACAAAUUCAAACUCUCGAAUUGGCUGCUGGGCAUAAAUCCCCCCCAUCCAAAUGAACAUGAAACCAAGCAUUAGCCUCACAUCAAUGGUUUGACAUUUGAGAGUCAUUAUUUCCACCAUGGACAGAGCUGACACUUUCUAACGCCGUAGGGAUACUAAGGAAGGGAGUGGUUUGUGACACAUAGGAGCAGCUGCUCACUAAUGUCAGCUAAUACCGCAGUUACACAUCCAACACCGCCAAAACAUCUGCUAUGCGGAUGUCGGCCAACGCUAAAAUCCUCAUAGAUUGAAUCCAGGCCUUAUUUUUAUCAGCUGUUGUACAAUAUGAUACAAAACACAGGAAAAACAGAAUGUUGACUGCAAUGGGCCUUUAAAACAUCAUCAAUAUUUGCUGUUUACCACACAAAGACAUUUUCAGCUUCUGUAUAAUUAAAAAACGUGAGAAAAUUGAAUAUGGACGGAAACAUUGUUUUUAUUUCCCAAGCCCAGUUCAUUUCCCAACUCCUGUGAGCACUUUUCUACCAGUUAAAGGCUCAGCGCAGUCAAUUGUUUUUCUGGUGUUUUGUUUCAUAUUGUACAACAGUUGAUGAAAUUUACACUGAUCGACAACAACAACAAAAUCACACUGUUACAGAGUUAUUCCUAAUUUUAUUCAACUAGGCAAGUCAGUUAAGAACAAAAACAUCUGACCCCAGCCAAACCCUGACGACACUGGGCCCAUUAUGUGCCGCCCCAUGGGACUCCCAAACACGUCCGUUUGUGAUACAGCCUGGAAUCGAACCAGGGUCUGUAGCGAUGCCUGAGAUGCAGUGCCUUAGACCGCUGUGCCACUCGGGAGCUAAUAGCUGCUUGUUGAAAAAACUAUCUGGACAGGACUUUCCUAAUCAGCAGGUUUGCAUGGGCGGGAGUUGCGGCUUUCCAUUGUGACAUCCCUUGACAUAUUUUGGUUAAAAGACCAAUAACGGAGUUUCAAACCUCUCUGCCAAUAACAGCUAGUUUUCAGUUUUCCCCUCCCCACGCAAACUACUCCCAUACAGUCCUAGCUAAAUUCUUGCUUGAGAAUACAUUUUUUGCUAAAAAGCUUUGUUUUUGCCCAUUUCAAUGGAAUCUAUUACAGUAAGUUACUUAAUUGUUACUCAGGAAUUAUUUGAUUGAGAUAACAGCUGCACUGGGAAUUUAAUUCAUUUGAUUCUUUAAAAAAAAUUAAAUGAUAAAAAUCUUAAACAUAAGCACUUCCAACGCAAUAGCGCCCCCUUGCUUGUGUGUAUGUUUACCUUUUGUCCAACAACCUUAACCUUGGCGCAGUGGAUGAUAGUAGUUCCACAGAGCUCCAUGGAGAUGGUUUAUGCUUACACUACUACUCUAUGCCCUCCAGUGUUAAACUGAUGUAGCUCACAUGCAGUAUAUUAACGUCAAAGCUGCAACAAUGUAUCCAAAUGUUUUCCUAAGGCUGAUAUUGAAUUCUAAAAGGGAAUUGAUCAUUGUAAAAAGAAAAAUGACAAAUGCAGUAACUAACCUUUCAAUAGAAGUAAGCAUAUAUGACUAGCUAUAGAAAAACAUAGCAACAGAAAAUAAAUAGGGUUGGUGGGAAUUUGUGCAAAGAACUUUUAAUAAAGGUUUACAUAAAUUGCUGCUUCAGUUUUUGAUCAUUUGAUGUCCAUUGAAAGUGGUCAGUAGCAAGUCAUGCAUCUUAAACACAAUGAGGGAACACAUUUAGCAAAACGUUAUUAGUGCACUAGAACAGACAUGUUAGAGCCAUAUACAUAAUACGUAUUUUAGCAUUGCUAAUACCGGGGGCACAAAAAGCUCACAAAGGCAUUCAACUAGGAAUCACAACUCCAGUCCUUAAGAAUCACAGUCCCAUUGGUUUUCAGUUAUACAUUACAUUUACAUUACAUUUAAGUCAUUUAGCAGACGCUCUUAUCCAGAGCGACCUGGCUAUAUAUUGAUAAAUCAAUACCACUUUAUUAAGUAGAUUAACUAAUUGAUCAGAGUGCAGUGCAUACACCUGGUUGAACUCCCAGCUUUAAAUUGGUCGCCGAUUGACAAAGGCAAAAAAAAAAAAAAAACAGCAGCCGCUUUCAACCGAGGACCAGUUGUGUUCCCCUGCAUUAAAA